CCGAGAGAGAGGAGAGUGAAAAGCUCUUUACAGGAGACCUUCAACAAGAAGCCAGAGCAGCUUCCCUACAGCUCUUUUGUUCCAGACAGAGAUCCCGUUGGUACGCUGCGAGAUGGCGAGCUCUUUCACACGUUUGCUCUCUGGCCGUAACACGGCCGUGCUAUUGGCCAGCCUGGGUGCGGGAACCAUGGCAACCGGCUUCUUGUUGACUGAAAAUGGCUCCCUGGUUGCUGAGGCGAAGAAGAAGCUUUAUCCUCCCAGCUCUGACUUCCCCGACCUGAGGAAACACAACAACUGCAUGGCCACCGCUCUGACUCCAGCCGUUUAUGCCAGACUGAGGGACAACGUCACCCCCAACAACUGGACCCUGGACCAGUGCAUCCAAACUGGAGUGGACAACCCUGGCCACCCUUUCAUCAAGACGGUGGGCUGUGUGGCUGGAGAUGAGGAGAGCUAUGAGGUGUUUGCCGACCUCUUUGACCCCAUCAUCAAAGACAGGCACAACGGCUACGACCCCAAAACCAUGAUUCACCCCACUGACCUGGAUUCCUCCAAGGUGUCCACACCGUCACAGCCCCUCCCACACCCACUCUGCUCCCACACCUGCAAAACUCUUUCCUUUUCAUCAUUUUCUUCAUCUUUAUUCCAGAUCACCGGCGGCGUGUUCGACGACAACUAUGUCCUUUCGUCGCGUGUGCGGACUGGCCGUAGUAUCCGUGGGCUGAGCCUCCCCCCCGCCUGCUCCAGGGCCGAGCGUCGCGAGGUGGAGAGGGUGGUAGUUACGGCCCUGGCUGGUCUGAAGGGCGACCUGGCUGGACAUUAUUACAGCCUGGGGGACAUGACUGACCACGAGCAGCAGCAGCUCAUUGACGACCACUUCCUGUUUGACAAACCUGUCUCUCCAUUGUUGACAUGUGCCUUUAUGGCCAGAGACUGGCCAGACGCCAGGGGCAUCUGGCACAACAAUGAGAAGAGCUUUCUGAUCUGGGUGAAUGAGGAGGACCACACCAGAGUCAUCUCCAUGGAGAAGGGAGGCAACAUGAAGAGAGUGUUUGACAGAUUCUGCAGGGGUCUCAAACAGGUGGAGCAUCUGAUCCAGGAGAGAGGCUGGGAAUUCAUGUGGAACAAGCAUCUCGGCUACAUCCUCACAUGUCCCUCCAACCUGGGCACUGGUCUCAGGGCUGGUGUGCACGUACGCCUGCCAAGGCUCAGCAUGGAUCCACGCUUCUCAAAAAUCCUGGACAAUCUGCGGCUGCAGAAAAGAGGCACAGGAGGAGUGGAUACGGCUGCUACCGGAGACACCUUUGACAUAUCCAACAACGACCGUCUGGGCAAAUCUGAGGUGGAACUGGUCCAGCUGGUCAUCGAUGGCGUGAACUGCCUGAUUGAGUGUGAGAAGAGGCUGGAGAAGGGCCAGGACAUCAAAAUCCCAGCUCCCAUUGCUCAAUUUAGAAAAUAAAAGCUCACUCGUGUCAUCAGUGUCUUCUGAGUCUGAAGGAAAACCUCAGAGAGAUGUGUGUCGUUUCUCUGCGCCUCCUACAGAGACUGCAGGUCUUUAGAGUAGCCCAAACUUAGACAUGGUUCGCUGUUAGGGGAAAAAAAAACUCUACCUCAUGUGAAGGUUCUUACUGUAACCCUGAUUUUUCAAUAAAUCCAACAUAU